AUGUGUAUACGACAUGUUAGAGCCAACGUAUCUAGAUUUGUCAGAGUCCAUUAUUCAACUAUAGCACAAACAAGUGCGCAAUCCAAUAGGGAUGGUACAUCAAUUGAUCUCAAAAUAUCGACGCCAAAUCCUGAGACAACUAAAACUUCUUCACCCAUCAAGUUAUCACGUCAAGAAGUUCAAAAGUACUAUACCCUUUUCAAAAUGUCAGAGUUUAGCCCAUCAAUGACAUAUGACGACAAAUUGGCCAAGAGUCUACGAUUGUGGAAACGCAAGUCUCGCAAAGAGCACAACAACAUACACGCUGCAUUGGAGAAUAUAAUCGACGAGGUGGUUGCCAAGAAGGGAUUCAUUGGGCCAGAAGUGACACCGGAGAACGUUUCUUCGAAUGAUAUGUUGGAGGAUGACGAAAUUGUUGAUAAAAACCAAGCCUAUAAGACACCGAAAUACAGAUACAAUUUAACUUCAGGGACAAGACUUUUAAAAUUUACACCACCUUCCAAUAAAAUACGAAGAUACUUUCACUAUCUAAAAUUUCAACAAUACAAGGAGCAACACCCACAAUCGAGCUUGGAUUCGGUAACCAAAUCCAAAAUCAUUGCCGGAGCUAAUCGUCAAUGGAGACAUGUGUCGUCAUUAGAAAGAUAUAUUUUUAGGAUUGAUUAUGAGAACUUGCUAUACAAGGGGAUGGACAUAUCUCAAAAGGGUGAGGAAUUAGUUACUGUGGAAGUUAGUGAAGGAAGUGAUUUGGUUGUUCAUAAAGUACUUGGCGAAGCUGAGCCUAGAAGGGACAUCAAGAGAGGCAAGAGAAUACCAUCUAUAAAGUUGAUUCUUAACGAAUUGACCGGGUAUGUACAUGUUUAUGGAUUAACCGAUUUUCAUGUUUGGAACUACUUUUUGGGAAAAGAGUAUGCAUCUAGAGUUGGUGAAGGUUGUGACAAUAUUGGUGAGGUGAUUCGUCAAAUUGAAGACAAUUGGAUUGAAAUGAGUACAUCACAAAAGAAUUCAAUCAGGACUGAAUACAAGAAUAUACUAUUCCGGGGACAAGAUCUACUUUAUGGCAAGUUACUGUCAAUUAAAAAGAAACGAGACAUAAUUAAUAAACCAAAACAAUAUCAUGUUGUUUGCAUACGAGGUGAUUCAAGUUUAUUCAAUGUCCAAGCGUGUGAUGUGUCACCGAGCAAAUUUACAAUCCCCCAACCAACAAAACUACGAUUUAUCAAGAACACAUUUGUCGGGAAUACUAUUAUUGUGGGUGAAUUGGAUUUACUACAUGCAUGGAAUUACUUUGUUUAUCAACAGCGACAACUACAAGCUAAAGAGAUUGAUGAUGAGCAAGAAUUUCAUCAAAAUUUGAUGCAUCAGUGGAAUGAAGAGAUGAACGAUGCUGAUAAACAAGAGUACCUUGAAGGAUACAAAUCACUUUUAGUAUCUGGAUAUGAUAUAUACAUGGGUGAGAAGAUGACAAUUGAAAUGAAAAUGAAUAAAACGGGGAUAAAGAAUUUAGUUGUUGAAGUAUGGGGACAACCGAUAACACAAGGAGUGGGUCGUACUAUAAAAAUUAGUCCAUUACCUAUACUAGUUGAAAAAGAGACAAAUAAAGUAUUGGUUUUGAGCGAAGUUACAGAUGUACAUGCUUAUAAUUAUUACUUGGCUAACCAAUUGGCAGUACAAAGAGGUGAUAGCGAUGGGAUUGCUGAUUAUUCCAAGUUGCCCCAAUUGCAACAAGAAUGGCUUGCAUUCACACCUGAACAAAAGCAUACGUACGCUACUGAAUACAUGCAGUUGUUAAACAAUGGUCAAGACUAUGCAUACGGCAAGAUUGUUCCCCUAACGGAAAAGUUGAAGAUUUCAAUUUAUACACAUCCCACAAAGCUAAAUGGUAAAGGUACCAAAUCCGCUUUCAAUGUUGAGUCAAGUAAUAAGAAGGAUGUUGAUUUUGAUUCAAUGUAUCCACAAGCGUUUUCUUACUACAUGUACACCCGCAAGACGAUAGACAAUGUUGGUGAUUCGCAACAAAUUGCCAAUGAAUGGACCAAUAUGCCUGAUGAAGAGAAAUUGGAAGUUCAAGAUGCAUAUGGCAUUAUGGUUGACGCAGGAUUCGAACUUGUUGAUGGGGUAUUAAAGGAUGUGCAAGCAAAAUAG